UCUUCUCCAGCCCUUGCCCUAGAAAUCCUCUUUCAAGGGUUACAGAGAGAUCAGGCUAUCUUCUUCAUCUGUCGGAUUCCAGAAAGCUCUCCAUCUCUCGAAUUGUAAAGGUUGGAGGAUUAUGGCAAAAGUUGCUAUUCCGGAUCCAUCAUCAUCUAAUUCUUUUCCAUUCGGGAGAGGUGCUUCAAAGGUGCAAGUUGAUGCAACCAUGAAAAGGAAGACACCCUCGGAAUUGAGAGGAGAGCAGUUGAAGCGGAAGAAUUAUGGAAGGCCUGAUGAAUCUAUGGAUCCUCCACUGUGUUCCAAUGGGACUACUGGAGGAAAGAUUCGUGGAGUCAAGAAACUUGAGUCAUCAAAGACUCCAAAGUACAUAGACACCCGUGUGGAUGAAGUAUAUCCUGUCAAAAAAUCCAGUGACAUGUUUAGAAUCUUGUAUGGAAAAGAAAAGUCCAGGGAUGCUUUUCCUUCUAGUGAACAAGCUAACUAUAAGGAGAGCCCCUCUGUUGUUCGUAGUGUAGCUGCCGAAAGUCAAUCCCAGCUUCCAUGUGUAAACAAUGGGGCUUCUAACAUCUCCGAUACUUCAACUACUUCUUACAAAGAUGAUCCAGAGCAAAGUUCUUUGAAGUUUGAGAAAUGUAGUCAAAACACCUUUCGCAGUGUUGCUGAGCUUUCUCUGGGUAAAGAAAUGCUAUCUGGUCCUGCCAUAAUUGAUAUGGAUAAAGCACUAAAAGGAAUGGUUGCUCGUGAGCUCCCUGCUCUCUCGCGAUCGCCUGCUGAUACUUCUGAAAAAAUUGGUGAUUUUCCAUCUCUCUCUUCGGGCAAUUUCUGUUCCGAAGUCCAUAUUCCUGGUCACAAAGUUCCUCUGGAUUUUACAUUGAAAACUACACUGCGAUUGGUCUCCUCUUCCUCAGUGAGCUGGUGCCACAGGUCAAACACGAAUAGUGCUUUUAUGUCCAUGACCCUGUUUACAUCUCAAUUUGGUGGGUCGCGCGAUCAACACGUUGGCAACUUAUUAGGGCCCAUUACUACAUCUGAAGUCUUGUAUUCCAAAGCUUUACAUUCAUGGACAUACCCACAAUCUUCUCUCCCGGCUUCUGUAAUAUCGGCACUGACAUUAUCUGCUGCACGUGGAGAAACGGACUUCUUGUUGAAAAGACAACUUGCUUGGGAGGAUUCUUUUCGAAGUCUUUACUACUUGCUCAGAAAGAACAUGUGUGACAUCUUUUACUUUUGUACUUCACAAUUUGUGGUGAUGUUUGUUGGUGGUGAUCUUUCGGGAAAGGUGAAGCGCUCGUGUAAUGCUUAUUUGUCUCAGUCAAGUAGAGGUUUACGAUCCUUGCUAAGGGAGCAUGGAAUCCAUUUUUCCAUGCCUCUUUGCCAUUCUGAAGCUGAAGAAGAUACUGAAGAAGAUCUGGUUGAACUCUCUGAGAUUGAGAAGCACAAUCUGGGCCAGACGCGUCACCUGGAUUCCAUGUCCGAUGUUGACAAUAGAUCUCAGUCUUUGCUAGCAUUCAUUGGAAAUGAGAAUGUCCAUGGAUUGUUUGAUUUUUUGUUAAAUUAUAGGUCUUUCUUGAGUUCCUUGACCAGCAUUGAUGUCCCUGCACUAUGUUCACCUGUGCCGUUCGAAAAUGCAUCUCUUCAUGUUCCGGAGGUGAGAUGCAAGGAGGUGAAGAGAGCCAAUGCAGUUCUUCAUCCUUUGGGAGCAUCUCAUAUGGAAUCAACUGGUGUCUGCUAUAGUGUUGAGAUCAAGGAUGCGAUUCUACCACCAUGGACCAUUUGUGGUGUUUGUGCAGCCAUGGGUUCUGAGGGGAGGAGCUUUGAAGCUAGCUUUGUGACGGAGCCCAUUUCAAGUGGCUUGAACAUUGCCCUGGAUGCUGUUUCUUUGAAAUCAGAUCCUCGUCCAGAGUCCAAUAAAGGCUCAAUGGAAAGCUGCAAUGCCUUUGGUAUUCCAGAGGCCGCCAUCACCCCCUUUCUGCGGUCUUCUUCUCUGAGAAGUCUGAAGUACUCCGAUGGUUCUUAUGUAGCGUCUCUCUCACCUGUAUAACUGUUUUUUGUUUAAACAAAACGUUUGAAAAGGAUUAAUCUUUUGAGGGUUUUUCUUUUCAAGAUUUAUCUCUUUUUUUUUUCUUGACAUGCUGUCUUGUAUGGUUCAGUUGAUCCAUUGAUGACAAAAAUGUCAUGUAAUGUUGGGUCCUUCAAAAGGGCUGGUCCAUGAGAAUGCUGCAGGGAUCCUUCGAUCUGCAGCAAGAAUGUAAGUUCCUGGAAAUGUGCUGUCCUUUUUUGGUCUGCA